GCCUGAGUGUGUACAUUGGCUUCACCCAAGGAUGCAAGAGGACUGAAUGAACGCCUAUUGUUAACCCUCCCACUAGCCUUCCUCUCUGGCUCUCUCUGGCUGUCUUUCAAGUGGGCGCUGAGCCGUGGCAGGUGUGCUGGGAGCCCACAUGGGCUGUAAUCCCAAGAUCCGUGGUACAGCACUGGGCUUCAGUGUUUGUGUUGGCACACAGCGGACCGGACCCAAUACCCAAGCCAGUCAGUUACAGCCUAUUCAAGGAGGAAGUUGUGUGACUCUAGAAGCUCUUGUGUGGUUCUCUCUCAUAAGUUAAAGCUUUACAGAACAAUACAAAGAGAAACCUGGGCUUGUUUUCACACUGAAGGAAAUUCAGUCAGUGGGGGAAAAACACUGCCUCGGGAGUUAGACUUUCUUCUCAUCAGCCUUUUUUUGGUUUCGCUGCAAAAACAUCAGCGUUGGCUGCAGUUUGUAGAUUCCUGUGAACGGUCCGACAUCAAAGAUUCCUAUUGUGCCUGCUGGAUCGAAAAAUGACUGUGCAUUAGUUGAUGAAAUCAGUAUGUCAAAAACCUGACACGGGACGCGCUAAUGAGUGAUGAUGUGUGUGUUUCUGUGUUCGGAGGGCUGAUGAUACAACCUACCACACAUUGCUAAUCCUCUUUGAAUGGACUGUGCAGUUUCUGCCCGAGAGUUUGUGACAACACGCAGUGUGGACAUUGGCAACUGCAUCAGCAACAGCCGCUGAAUUCCUCCCUUCUCAAAACAGAGUUUCCCCUUGACUUUCUUCUGCAGAAAUCGGGGAAAAAGGGUUUGCUGGAAGCGUUGUUCCAAGUCAUCUGAAACGACCCAGAGAAGGCCAUGUCUGGAGGAUUGGAAUCAACCCGACGUUUUUGUUUCUCUCAUGUUCAUCAUUUCCUGAGGUUUCCAUUUCGGCAUUGACUAUCGCCUUUCCAUCAACUGCUCCAAAAAAGCCUGCCAGGAGUUGUGUGGAUUUUCAUACCUCGGUCAGAUUAAAAAAGUCAAACUGCUGGGUGGUUUCAUAACCUAUCCCCGACUCGGAUUAUUUAACAAGUUCUGGAAGAUUAUCUUCAAGGAUAGGCGGCGUAUUUUUUUGUAAACUCGGGAGAAAUCAUGGCGCCGUUUAACCCGUUUGUUCAUACUCUGAAAGCCAAAGGUGAUAGUACAGAGACCACGAUGGCGGAGGAAAGUGCCAAACCGAUCUUCAGCAACGAGACCACGUUUGAGUGCGAGUGCGACGACGUGGGCUGUAACAGUGAGAACUCGCGGUGCACUGACGCCAUAAGCUGCUACGCUUCGCUCAGGAUCGACGAGAACGGAUUUGAGUAUAUGAGAAAGGGUUGCUUCAACACAAUACAGCUCAGUCACAUGUACUGUAAGAGUGACUUUGGUGAAGACGUGGUCAUGGUUUGCUGUAAAGGAGACAUGUGCAAUCAGAACAUUGUGCCGACCUUUCCUGCUGUCCCGCCCACUACGCCAUUACAACCAAGGGAAUCUCUUCCCUACAACGUCGCCUACCUCGCCAUGGCUGUAGUGGGUCCCUUCCUGGCUCUAGUCAUUGGUAUAUCCUUCGCCGUCUUCAUGUACCGUUGGAUGCACAAGAAGCGGCUACGAGAGCUCAACUCUAAUGAUGAGGGAUACGCCCACCACGCCCCUCAUGAUCUCAGGGCCGUACCUGCCGGGGACAGUACACUAAAGGAUCUUUUUGAUCACUCCAACACAUCUGGUAGCGGUUCCGGACUCCCUUAUCUUGUCCAGAGGACCGUGGCUAGACAGAUCACACUGGUGGAGCAAGUAGGCAAGGGGCGAUUUGGUGAAGUAUGGCGUGGCAACUGGCAAGGCGAAAACGUGGCCGUGAAAAUCUUCAAUUCCAUCGACGAGAAGUCGUGGUUUCGCGAGACGGAGAUCUACAACACCGUCAUGCUGCGACACGAUAACAUCCUGGGUUUCAUCGCAUCCGACAUGACCUCGAGAAACUCCUGCACGCAACUGUGGUUGAUCACGCACUACCACGAGUUUGGCUCGCUCUACGACUACCUCAACCGGAACGUUUUAGACCCCAAGACCACGAUUCGGUUGGCGCUUUCGGCCGCCUCGGGACUAGUGCACCUCCACACGGAGAUCUUCUGCAACAACAGCAAGAUGGCCAUCGCGCACCGCGACAUCAAGAGCAAGAACAUUUUGGUGAAGGAGAACCACACGUGCUGCAUCGCCGAUCUGGGGCUGGCGGUGUUGCACACGCGCAAGACGGAUCAGAUCAACCUGGGCGUGAACACGUCGCGGGUGGGCACCAAGCGUUACAUGGCACCGGAGCUUCUGGAGGAAACGAUGAAUUUAGCCGAGUUUGAAUCUUUCAAGAGGGUAGACGUCUACGCCUUUGGCCUGGUUUUGUGGGAAAUUGUCAGAAGGUGCCAAGUUGGGGGUAUGGUUGAAGAUUACCGGCCGCCUUUCUUUGAGUACGUCUCCAGCGAUCCAGGGUUUGAAGACAUGAAGAAAGUGGUGUGUACAGAAAUGCUCCGGCCGACAAUACCCAACAGAUGGUCAAACGAUCAGACAUUAGUGGCACUCUCCAAACUGAUGAAGGAAUGUUGGUAUCACACGUCCUCGGCAAGACACAGCUCCCUGCGGGUCAAAAAGACGCUCAUGAAAGUAGCUGAGUCCUGCAACUCAAGCAUGACGUCCAAAUUGGACUUCAACUGGGAGAAGGCAUUCAUGUGAAAACGCUGCCGGACUCGCUUAGACUUUUACUGCUUGUGCAGCUUAGCGAUAACUGCUGGAGAAUUCGUAAGAAAGGCUGGCACGACCAGGAAAUCAGGAUCCUGGCACUGAGAGUGGAAUCGAAAACUUUCAAGGCAUCCGGUUGUCAAAAACUUUUUAAAACAGGUCGGUGCCAUGAGAAAGUUAGCAACGAAUCAGUAAACCUGAUCAGAAAACGACCACACAGAUUGAUUGGAUGAGAUCAACUUUCCGAAGUAGUUAUAAUGAAAAUGGACAGCGGAUGAAGACGCAGCAGGUCAACUUGUAGAAAUCUGCCGUCAGACUUUUGUUCAGUGAUCAGCAUUAGAGAGUCAUGAAUCUACAUGAACGGCAAGGACAGGGUAAUGAAAACUGAGAGAAAUGGCAAGGAUACAAAUCACAGUGUAAAACAGCGUAAAAGUCGUCGCAGCAUUAAGUGUCAGCGACUGCUGCAGCUUAGGUAUGGAGCCUCACAUCGCAUGUUUGUCGCUCGACGGCUCAUCACAACAACUCUGCCGGAGAUUUUUGUCUGGUUCCGACAUGAGAUGUAUCAUCACACCUUCAAGACAGAUGUAUAUGAUGGAAUCACUUUCCAGGGGCAGCUCAUGCUAUUUUUGCAUUGGUGGUUAAUAUCAAUGUAUUUGUUUGUUUGUUUGUUUGUUUUGAAGUACCAAAUCAGAACUAACAGAUUCAUUAAAGGCCCAUGAUGUUACCAAGAGAAGGCAAGCCUAGUAGAGCUGGUCCCAGAGUGCACAGAAUUUUCUCGGCAAUCAAUUCAGAAUGGCUAUUCACUUGAAGUGUUUCUAUGCAGGAUUUAGCCUAUUCAUUGGUUCUACGAUAUUGCUGCCCUGCUCUCUUCAGCUUGCAACCAGUCUAUCAGUCCUUCUGAUUUUAGGCGUGCGAUCACACCCCAACGCCAUCGCACGCCUAAAAGCUGCCCGAGAAGUGUGAAUAAUCGCACGCCUGAAUCCCUCUGUACCGCACACCUCAGCAUACAUUUACGGCAUAAAUACUUCAUAAUUUAUG